GCCGAUCUUUCUCCAUAAAUUGUCGCCAAAUGCCACUGUAGUCUUAUGAUUGAGUUUGAAAGGGAGAGUCCAUGGCUCAGAGGACCGUCUUGAAGGUUGAUAUUUGGUGCCCAAAAUGCCAGAAGAAGCUCCUCCAAGCAGUCUCCGGAUUAGAAGGUGUGAAUACAAUUGACAUUGACGCAACCAAAGGUUUAUUGACAGUAACCGGUGAGGCAGACCCUUAUGAAGUUAUAGUUCGUGCUAGGAAGGCUUGCAAACACGCUGAAGUGGUGACUAUUGGGCCUCCACCUGCUCCCGAAAAGAAGCCCGAAAAAGAGAAGCCCGAAAAAGAGAAGCCCGAUAAAAAGGUCCCCUCGUCUGACAACUGCCGUAUGUGUCAGCGUUUUGCUGUCAUCCAUUUAGACCAGUGGGACGAGCCCAAUGUUACAUGCUCUAUCCUGUAA